CAGACCGAGCGGAACCGGACACUACUCUCUCUGUCUGCUUCCGGUCAGGGAUCGGGUCCAGACGGUAAACCCCGAUCAACAUGGCGUCCGCCGGUCCACCCGACACGGGCUCGUCCGCCACUCCAGGGUCCAGCGAAGUUCGAAAGAUGACCAUGACGGAGGGGCCGGGAUCAUCUCAGAGUAUGAAGAAGACCAUCGGUCACCGAGGAGUUGACCCCAAAGGAGAAACAACUUACAAAAAGACGACCUCAUCCGCCCUCAAAGGUGCCAUCCAGCUGGGUAUCACACACACUGUGGGCAGCCUCAGUCAGAAAGCAGAGAGAGAUGUUCUCAUGCAGGACUUCUAUGUAGUAGAAAGCAUCUUCUUCCCCAGUGAAGGAAGUAAUUUGACCCCAGCGCAUCACCAUGGUGACUUCAGGUUUAAGACCUACGCCCCGAUCGCCUUCCGAUAUUUCAGGGAGCUCUUUGGCAUUCGACCUGACGAUUAUCUGUACUCUCUGUGUAACGAUCCUUUGAUCGAACUCUCCAACCCUGGAGCGAGUGGAUCGAUAUUUUAUGUGACAAGCGAUGAUGAGUUUAUUAUUAAAACAGUGCAGCACAAAGAGGCAGAGUUCCUGCAGAAGCUACUGCCCGGGUAUUUCAUGAAUCUGAAUCAGAACAAGAGAACGCUGCUCCCAAAGUUUUACGGCUUGUAUUGCGUGCAGGCUGGUGGAAAGAACAUCCGUAUCGUUGUAAUGAAUAACCUGUUGCCCUGCAGUGUGCCUAUGCACCUCAAAUACGACCUGAAGGGCUCCACGUGCAAGCGGCGUGCCUCCCCUAAAGAGAGAGAGAAGAGGGUCCCCACUUUCAAAGAUCUGGAUUUCAUCCAGGAUAUGCCCGAGGGCAUCCAGCUAGAACCAGACAACUACAACGCCCUCUCCAAAACCAUCCAGCGUGACUGCCUGCUACUGCAGAGCUUUAAGAUUAUGGACUACAGUCUGUUGGUGGGGAUCCAUAACGCAGAUCAGGCAUGUCGUGAGCGAGCAGGGAUAGUAGAGGGUGGGGGGUCCGAAGGGGCUGUGACACCAGACCACCGGAGGCCACAGGCUCAGAAAGCUCUCUACAGCACCGCUAUGGAGUCCAUACAGGGAGAGGCCAAAGGAAAAGGAGCCCUGGAAACAGAAGACCAAUGGGGAGGAAUCCCUGCACGCAACAGUAAAGGAGAGAGAAUACUUGUUUAUAUUGGGAUCAUUGACAUAUUACAGUCAUACAGAUUCAUUAAAAAAAUUGAGCAUUCCUGGAAGGCCUUGGUUCACGAUGGGGACACAGUCUCUGUACAUCGGCCUGGAUUCUACGCUGAGCGAUUCCAGCAUUUCAUGUGCCACACAGUUUUUAAGAAAGCAUUAAAAUCAUCUCCCUCAAAGAAGAGUCGUAGUGGCGGUUCGAGUGUUGUGAGACGGCUUCCGAUGGGAAGCUCUGCUUCUGCUCCCGGCGGACAGACAGUCGCUGAUGCCAGACUGGUGUACCGUACUCACCUUAACCAGACCGAAGCAGAAGGAGACAGUGGCAUGCAGUCUGACAGACCGGACCUGCUUCCACAAACCGAUCCUUUGGCUGGAAGCUCCAGUGAGUUUGCUACAACAAAUCUGCCCAGCUCCUUACCUGGCAGCACAGGAAGGACAUCAUCUUCCCCUCCUCAAAGGUCGGUAGGGGUGGAGGUACACAAAUCUGCAGUCACUGAGCCUGACAACAGCGCCCCUCUCAGCACUGGAGCCGAAUGCUUAGAUGAGCAGUUAAGUAACGAAGACGCUGUUUCUCUCAAAGACAUCAUCCCAGAAACGGACAUUUGUUUUGUAAAGCAGAGCAUUUAAACAAGAGAUGGACGCAGAACCUCGAAAAGAGAUGAGGGGAGCUUCUGAGCGCUGGUAUGAUGGGGGUUUUCGGAAAGAACUCCAGGGCCUCAGCACAAUGAAAUAUGUUUUAAAAGUGAGUGAGAGACAGAAAGAAUGAAGGAAAGCCACUGAGCGAGGAGUUUCAGUGGCUCUUUCUCUUGCACAGGAAAUGCUGCUAAAACCAAUUUUAACAACAAAAUUCUUCGAAAAGUGAUGUUAGUAUCUCAGUCACACUCUUUGUUCGCUCUUAAACAUUUCAAACAGAGCAAGCAGGAUGCACGAACUCUUUAGUUUUCUCUUCCUAGCUAGUGCUGGGAGGAAAAAACACAUUACACAGUUGGCACCAGUUUAUAGUAUCGUUGGAGGCUAUGUUGCAUAAAUCUCUAUUAGCAUAGAUCUUUAUUUAUAUAGGCCUUUAAACUUCUUGGUUCUCUCUGAACUGGUGUGAGUCGGACUAAUGGCUGC